CCACAAUUCAAGGAGGUUUCGCAGGACGAGACCCGGCGGUAAACACUCCUUGUGCACUGGAGUAAUAUUAUUCCAUCCUCUUUUGUACCUCACCUCCCACCCGCCAUGUCUGGUCUCAGUUCUUUGUCCCAGUCGGACGAUGAAUUGUUCAACCCUGACUACAAGCCUCCUUACGAGACGGUUGAGACUUUACCUCUGCGACGAGCCAAUAUGAGCGACGACGACGCUGACAUGGAGACCAUCUCGACCCUUCCUCCUCAUCUACCCUCACAGAAGACGAACCAGAAUCGCCAGACGCAGCCUACGCAGCUCAUCAACCGGUCACCAGAUGUGGCCGCUUCUCCUGUGAAAGGUGGAGUGGUCCAAGUGACUGCAUCUUCACCCUUGGCCGCGCCAAAUCGCAAACCUACAGGUUAUCUUGCGAGUGCCAUGGCACCAGCCGGGACAACCUUCAGGAGACCUCAACUUGCCUCUCAGCCACGUCCUCCACCUAUUACCAUUGAUAGCGACGAUGAAGGACCUGUAUAUCGAGGCGGAUCAUCGGAUAGCGAAGGUGCAAGCAGAGCAAAUGAUAUCAAGACUUCUACCUUUGUGAGAAAGCCCAAGCCGGCCGAGAAGAUUCCAGAGUCACCUCAGGGCCAACAAAAUGGUGGAUUGAGCCGUUUCAUGGAGAUCACGGCAAAGUCAAUGUUUCGAGGUUCACCGAGUUCAAAUUCCUCAGCCUCAAGUGGAGUUAAACGAUCUGCAGAUGUGAACGCCAAUGCUUAUGGUAACGCCUGGAAACGGCCACGGCAGACCGGCCCAGCUCGUGCAUCGUCUGCUACAACUCCAAUGAAGCAACAACCGGAAUUGGAACUGGACGAUAUCAGUGACUACAGUAUACGACAAAAGGUCAGACGCAUGAUGUCAAUGGUUAGUAUGUUGACUGUUAGAGAAUGCUACGAGGUGCUGGUGUCGAAGAAGGGACACUACGAUGAUGCUGUCGAUGUACUCCUCCAGAUGAGCGAAAAACGACACGAAAAGCGCAAAAAGAACGCAAUUGAUCUUACAGGUUCUGAAGAUGAGCUUAUGCCGACUCCUGCGUCUCGCAAACCGGCGACGAAGCCAGCACCAGCACCAGCACCAGCACCAGCACCAGCACCAAAAGUCAGAGUGCCGGUGAAGUCUAUCGCGGAGAAAUGGGGUUCGACGCAGAAUGUGAGAAAGCCCUCGAAGACUAUAGACGUCUUCGACACCCCACCACCACAAAAGAAGAGGACCCUCGUGCGAGGUCGCAAGCGGUCUUCGUCUCCGGCACACGAACCCGAGGCUGUGAGAGAGAUACCCAAGGCAAAGACAGCAACGAUCGUGUCAGACGAAUCCGACGAAGCCGACUCCGCGAUGCAGUCCGAGAAGGAAGCUGACACAACGUUCAACUCGCGCCUCCUCAAUCUGUUCAACACAUGUACGGCUGCUGACUUGACCGAUACCGCCUCGAUUUCUCGAGAAUUAGCUCAACAUCUUGUCUCGAAACGGCCGUUCAAGAGUCUUGAAGAAAUACGAAAGAUUCAGGAUCCGAAAUUGAAGCCUGCAAAAGGCCGAAGAAAAGUCAUACCUGUUGGAGACAAGAUUGUUGAAAAGGUUGAAACAAUGCUUGAAAGUUAUGAAGCUGUGGAUUAUCUCGUAAAGAAAUGUCAGAAUUUGGCUAAACCUCUAGCUGAGGAGAUGAAGAGCUGGGGUGUCAAUGUGUAUGGCUCCCAAGGCGGAGAAUUGGAUAUGGUCUCAAUACAGGACACCCAGCGCUCCAGUCACGACUCUGGGAUCGGCACGCCCGUGAGUGAUGAAGAACCCGAGAUCGUCAACAAGCGUACGCCGAAGAACUUUAUACCUCAACCAUCGAUUAUGGCUGAAGAUAUACAAAUGAAGGAUUACCAAGUUGUUGGAAUGAAUUGGCUACACAUGUUGUACCAGAAGGGCUUGAGUUGUAUACUUGCGGACGACAUGGGUCUCGGAAAGACUUGUCAGGUAAUCGCUUUUCUUGCGCUUCUUCUUCAGCGAGGCCGGGCCGGACCGCAUCUCAUUGUCGUACCGGCAGCCACUUUGGAGAACUGGUUGAAAGAGUUCAAGCGGUUCUGUCCUACGUUGAAGGUCGAGCCGUAUUAUGCUACAAAUCCCUCGGAGAGAGUCGAGCUGCGAGAGAUUCUGGAGGACUCUCGGGACGAGGUCAACGUCAUCGUCACCACUUACACCCUAGCCAAGGGUAAAGAGGACUUUCCGUGGUUGAAGAAUUUCGGCUUCGACUGUACAGUAUAUGAUGAAGGUCAUAUGCUGAAGAAUGCCGAAUCCCAGGUUGCGAGUAAACUGGUGAGGAUACAGUCGAACUUCCGUCUGCUGCUUACGGGAACGCCACUGCAAAACAAUCUAAAAGAGUUGAUCAGCCUGCUGGGCUUUCUCAUGCCCUCGCUGUUCAAGGAGAAAGCCGAAGAACUCACCAGCAUCUUCUCGCAUAAUGUCAAGGCCAUGGAUGCCAAUCAUGAAGCUUUAUUGUCAGAGCAGAGGAUCAAAAGAGCGAGGAGUAUGCUUACGCCGUUUAUCCUCAGACGGAAGAAGAAUCAGGUCCUAAAAGACUUGCCAAAGAAGGAACGACGUGUUGAGUUAUGUGAGAUGACUCCCCAACAAUCCGAAAUCUAUCAGUCCUGGCUCGAUACAGCCUACAACAUUCGUGAACGGAAAGAGAAAGGGGAGAAUGUGACCAAUGAGUCCGCGAACAUUCUCAUGAAACUCCGACAGGCUGCUAUCCAUCCACUUCUUUUCCGUCGGGUCUAUCCUGACAAGAUCCUACCUGCCAUCGCCAAACAGUGUUUGAAAGUCGACCUAUGGCGAGAGUCGAAUCCCAACCUUAUUGUUACUGAACUUGAGGCCUAUUCCGACAUGGAGAUCCAUACGCUGUGUGCUCAACAUCCACAGCUCGACCGAUUCGUUCUUAACAAUCAUGAGUGGCUCGCCAGCGGGAAAGUACAAAAGACGAUCGAACUGCUGCGAAAUUUCAUGGCUGAAGGUCACAGGACACUGAUCUUCAGUCAAUUUGUCAUGGUCCUAGACAUUCUGGAGCUAGUCUUUGAACGUGAGGCCAUCGAUUAUUUCAGACUUGACGGUAACACUAAGGUCGCCGAGAGACAGGACCUGAUCGACGAGUUCUCUGCCGACGACAAUGAAACGCCUGUGUUUAUGCUGAGCACUAAGGCUGGAGGAGCGGGCAUCAACCUUGCCAAAGCUAAUAAAGUCAUUGUCUUCGACAGCGGCUUCAAUCCGCAGGAUGAUAUCCAGGCCGAGAACCGAGCACACCGUAUCGGCCAAGUCAAAGAAGUCGAAGUCGUGAGAUUGGUGUCUAGAGGCACCGUCGAAGAGCAGAUUUACGCGAUGGGUCUGACGAAGCUUAAACUCGAUGAACAGGUUGCUGGCGAUGGCUCAGAGGAACAGCCUCCACGGAAAGAAGGCGAAGAAAGUGAGAGAGAAGUCGAAGGACGCAUGAUGGUGGAGGAGAUGUUCUUCAAGAAACUCGAUCAAGAGCCUAUCGAACAGAUCAAGGCUGAGGUCGCCAGCCCGGUCAAGAAGACGGAACAAUCCAUGGGUGUCACGGUUCUUGGAAGCGGAGACAAAAUACCUAUUGCGCCCGCCGUGGAGACUGACGUGAAAGAAGAACAUGAGGAUCAUGCAGACGGGGUGGACCUACCAUCGCGCACCAGGAAACCCAGCGCCAACAGGGAAGGCGUCCCUUCAACUUGAGAUAUCUACGGCCAGCAGAUUGGAUGAGAAUGUUGUCUUGGAAAGCUAUCGACAACUCGUUUAUAUGAUGGCCUACGAUGUCGUGAUUGCACUAUUGGUCGACGCAACAACUGCUACGACGCAGAGGACACUGGCUGAGGUGUAGAAGUGGCGGGACUGUCUGAUAUGCUGAACCAAACCUAUUGAUGGUUACAAUGCUUCAGAAUAAUUGAUAUCCAGGCCGUUCCAUUCUCAUUUCAAGUUCAUGUGCAGGAGAGUCGUAGAUCCCGAUGGCGAUGCGACGGGUGCCCGAGCACGUCAAAAGACAACAGCCCUGAUUCGGAUCGUGUGAAUGUGUCACAUUUGUCACUUCGAGGCCGGAAGUAGAGCUGGACGGAGGGAGUCGCUCUUUCAAGAUGCGGCGGAUGGGGGGCAUACCAUUCUCAUGAACGUAGCUUAUGGUCAUUACGGAUCAUAGUGCACAGUUCUUGUCACUGCACACUACACGGUCUACGCGACCAGGACUUGGUGAUUCAAGACUUUUAUUCCUGCUUUCUAUGUACAAGUUCCAAUGGACGCAGCUCAUCC